AUGGCCGAAAGCUGGAUAAAAGAGGAAUCCAUAUCGCCUCGACCCGCGAAAGCGGUACAGGGAGAAGAAGCAGAAGCGGGUUCAGAUCGGGGUAUCGACCCGACCCCGGUUGUGCCUUCCUCCGGGUCGACAAAUCCAAACCCAAACCCAACUGGAACUCCAACAUCAGCAACCACGGCCCCCCCGGCCUUUCCACCUGUUUUGGAGACUCAGCCGUCUUCAAGUUACUCUUUGGAUCUCUCCACCUUCGGCAGCUUCAACACAAUAGAUAAUCCGUAUAUAGAAAGCAGCAGCAGCAACAUCUCUCCCGCCUCUAGUAACCCAGUUACUCCUGUCACCAGCGGCGACGCAAAUAUCGCCUCCAGUACUGCUUCAGCGGCAGCCUCUUCUUCUGGACCCGCUGCCGCUUCCUCAGACUCUGCUAAGACCUCAUCAACUGGUAAAGCACCCGUACAGUUCAAGCCAAAACGUAUCCGAACCAGCAAGCCAAAGGUGAAGACAGGAUGUACCAACUGCAAGCAACGAAGAGUCAAGUGUGACGAGGCUCGUCCAGCCUGCACAAACUGUGUUCGAAGCAACAAAGUCUGCACUGGCUACCCACCCCCUAGCCGCAGCGCUCGCCCCUUCGAGGAGGUCCGAAUCGCACCGAAGCCCAUGCCAGCUGGCGAGGCUCAGGCUACUCCGAGCACCGCAAUCGUUCCGCUCCACAGCGACUUUCAUCUGCCACCUCGUCGAGCCCGCCAAAGAACGUCAUUAGCGACACUGAGGACCGCCUCUCCCGGGACACCAUCUGCAUCUCCUACCACUUACCAGCCUUCCUUGGGUCUGCAACUACCGUCAAACGAGGGCUCCUACUUCGAAAUCUUCCGGUCGUACACGGCUAGCGAGCUGUCAGGCUUCUUCGACAACUCCUUUUGGACUCGCCGCGUCUUGCAGGAAUGUCACGCCGAAGAUGCCAUCAAGUGCGCCGUCAUCGCCCUGGGCGCCUUGUACCAGACUCUUGAGCAGACAGUCGAGCCAAAUGCGCAUGCUCGUCCCGGGUUGAGCGCUGACGCUCGUGCUGAGAUGGUCAGGAGUCACUGGCAGGUGGCCAUCAAGCGUUAUUCCGAUGCCUGCAACGCCCUUGUCAAGCUCAACAGCCAGGACCAGAGAUCACACAAGGUUCUCAUUAUGGCCAAUGUGCUAUUAGCCUGCUUCGACUCCUUUAUUGGAGAUCAUAGACAAGCAAUUCACCAGAUACAAACAGGACUCUCCUUACUCAACACAUUUCGUGCUCAGCAAAGGGAACGACUAUUACCAGCCGCAGAAGACCCCGUCGAAGAGGAGCUCGUUACUAUCUUUACACGCCUGGCAAUACAAGCAAAAUCCUACGACAUGGCCUUCCAUUUCCCACAACCCUUUAGCAUUCGACUCAGCUCGCCCCCACAACCGCAGUCCCCCGGUUCGAGUCGCCCUAGUUCUCCUCCGCAUGAAGAACCUUGGACUAUCCCCGAAACAUUCACCUCGGUUCUCGAAGCUCGUAUAGCCUGCGACAUGUUGAAUGCGAGAAUAAUGCGGUAUAUCGAAGGGUUAUUUGCCAUAAAAACGGACCUCAAGGGCACACUCCCUCAGUCGUGGAGAGAUUAUGGCCUCCAGUUCAGGGGUCAGAUCGAGACUUGGUGCAGUGCCUUUGACAGCAUAUUCCAGUCACGGCACAGCCCAUCUGUCAGUCCCCAGGAGAAGGCUGGUAUUGCUGCCCUGAAGAUGCUGGCAACCAACGGGCAAAUACUAUACCUGAUGAUGUUCAGCGACAAAGAGUCGGAUUUUGAUGCUUUCCUGCCUCAGUUCCGGACCAUGGUCGAGUUGGGUUUCGAGAUAAUCAGUGACGAGGAGCGACGUGCCGCCCUUCGAGAUUGCCCUAGCCCUGAGCAAUGUCAACACCAGCAGCACCAGCACUGGCAGAGCCAAGACUUCUUCUCGAGCGGAGGAUUCUCAGCCCCUCACAUCAAGCCCCGGUUCGCUGCUGAUCUGGGCAUCGUCGCCCCCCUUUUCGUCGUGGCAACCAAGUGUCGUGACCCUGGGACCCGACGGCAAGCUAUUCAGCUCCUGCGCAGUAGCGCCCGCCGCGAGGGCAUGUGGGACAGCGAGAUGGUGGCACAUAUCAGUACCUGGGUCAUGAACCUAGAGGAAUCAGAGUCACUUGCAAUGGGGGUAGAGUCAUUCCCGAGUGAUGGCAGCGCGAGACCUAUUCCACGAAUAGUCCCGGAAGAGAAGCGUGUAAUGAUACGCUCGGUCGACUUUGACUUGCGUGCCCGAGCUGCAGAGUUGCAAGUCGGCACUCGCGGUCUCCAACCUGGCUUGCCCGAUCCAAAGUUCCGGCAGACUCGGCUCACAUGGUGA